AAUGUGAGAGAACACGACCGAGAUUCAGAGUGAAGAGAUCGAAUAUGGAGAAGAAGGAGGAGACCGUUGCUGGCGCUUCCAUGGCGGCUUCCUUCAAUCGAAUUCCAUCAGCCAUGGAGGCCCUCCUCAUCCACUUGUUAUCCGGAUUAGGCUUGGCGAUUGCGCUCUGGUUCGCUCAAUCCGUCGAGUCCGUCGACCUCGUCGCCGACCCUGCUCGCACCCUCGGCCGCAUCUCUGUGAUCGAGUGCCCGAUCGUGAUACUGCUCUUCAGUCGCUACCGCCAGAAUCCUGAGAAAUGCUCGUACUUGAAAGCUGUCGGACGGGGAGCACUGGCAUUACCUGUUGGGGCUCUGGCGAAUGCUUUGGGAGCUAUUGCCUUGGGAGCGCCCGUCGGGACACAGUACCUACAGAAGACCAUUCAUUGGUCUUGCAUGAUGUCAGCAUUCACUUUUGUCCCAGCGGGCUCUGUUUUUGGUUCAUCAUGGAGUGAUUGGCAACGCAUUUUUGCAUAUACAAAGCCCGUUAGGUCUAUAGACUACAUGAUUUGUCUACCAGCUCAUGGUGCUAUUAUUGGAGCUUGGUUUGGAGCAUGGCCUAUGCCACUUGACUGGGAAAGGCCAUGGCAGGAUUGGCCUAUUUGUGUAACUUAUGGAGCUAUACUGGGAUAUGUGCUUGGAAUGGUGGCUUCAAUUGUCUUUAUCCUCCUUCACGACAGUCACCAUUGCACCAAAGUAGAUUGACAGAGAAACUAUCUGAUUCUCAACUAACUUCCUUAAGUGCAUGAGGCCCAUGGUGGAGGUUGAUAUCUAACUGCUUAACAGAUUUGAUAGCAUUCAAAACCCAAAUUGAUCUUCUAUUUGCCAGUUAGAAUCAGACAAUUUUGCACUUGUUGCAGCCACUGGUGAUCUUUCAGCUAGAAGAGAUCCAUUAUCGUGCAUCUAAAUCUGACUAGUUAUGGAGGAAAGACAAGUGAAGCCGGGAGCUACUACUGUAGUAUCAGUUCGUUCGAGCAAGGGAAGCAGCACCUUUGAACAGAAGCAAUUUUGAAGCUGCUGAUUUUUGUUUACAAAUUUAUUGUAAUUGUAUGCUUGAUUACACGAACAAAGAGCUGCCCUUCGUAUUAAUUCAUGUUGAAUCUCACUAGCAUUGUUUUUUAUCCCUCAAAGGUAAGAUUUUCCCUUUUAUGGGUAA